AUGGCGACGUUCUUUGCUCGGAGGACAGUUUUGUCACUCAAUCUUGCAACAUUUUCCAGAAAAUACCGUUUGAUCCCUGUCGUAAGUCGUUGUGUAUGUCUUCCCUAUAAAUAUUACCAGCUUUUUAGACAGUGUUCUUCGAUAAAGGAAGGAAGUAUACCUCAGAAUCAAGAAGCUUCGCCAGAUUUGGAGCUCAGCGAUAGCUGCGUAAAGGUCAGGUUGUCUAAUCUCCAUGCUGUUUAACUAUUAUAUUCUAGUUCCUCAGAGCUUUAGAUAAAUAUAAAACGUUGAAGUGCUCUCAAUUUCCAAGAAAGGGUGGUUCAACUUUAUCUCCACGCUUUGCAAGCAAAUAUUAGGGCCAUUUAUACGAGGAAAAAUAAGACGCGAACUCUCCGUAUAAACGGCACAUUUCGUCUAAAAUAAGACGCGACUUAGCUAAGACGCGUCCUAUUUUAGAACAGCCCUUAACACCUGUUCUUAGAUAAGACGUGUCUUAGUUAAGACGAGAAAAACUUCGUACAAAUGUCGGCGGGGCUAAAGUGCAGGUCACAGGCCACAGGUCAGGUCACAGGCCACAGGCCACAGGUCAGGUCACAGGUCACCCAAAAAACAAUAGGACACUGGACAAAACUGUUCUGGACUGACGUUUUACUAUACAAAAAUAAAAUAAGUCAAGGAACCUUGAUGAUAUUUUUGUCCUUUAAACAAUAUUAAAUUCCACACAUGGAAUAACAUUUUCAUGCUGAUCAUACGGCAUAUCAAAAGUUCGUAAUGAAAUCACAAAGGUGUGCAAAAUCAUGUGAUUUGUACGAAAAACAAAUCACAUGUUUUUCACUGAAAACGAAGUGUUGUCGUGUUAUUAGAAUGUCAUCUCCAAAUAAACCGUGCAGCCAAGAUAACUUGGAGUGAGUCAUUGAAAUGCAGCACUGUAAUCCUUUUAUACAUCAGCAGUUUACAGAGUCAAAGAUUCAAGUUGUAAUGGCGGAAUGCUCCCACCUAAAGCCCACGAGGCAAAUCCAACAGAGGUUUUUCAAGCUGUUGUGCAACAGAACGUGAGGAAAUGGCAAGCUCUUGGGAGAAGAGCCGAGAAAUAUGGUCCAGCAACUAUUCGAGAGGCCCAAAUAGCAGUGUCUGAAGUUCUUAACCGACUACACUUUAACACAGCAGUAUUUAAUGACUGGUACGAAGCGCGAGCAAUAGGCCGCCAUCUUCAAAAGAGAUGGAAGACCGAUCUAGUGGCAAGAAGAGUUUAGGACGAGGAAAGUCUGAAAAAAGUUGCCGUAUUUCAGCGGUCAAAUAAGUUUUAGACUGUCCUUAAGUUUUUCUUCCGUUUUCCCGUCGAAUGCUUUUCAAAACAUCCACAAACACGUCAUGAUAUUCUUAACGCAACAGCCCUUCGUUUUGAGAUUCGUUUUUUUUCUCAAAAAACACGUGAUUUUGCGUACCUUUGUGAUUUCGUUACCAACUUUGGUUACGCUGUAACGUAAGUCCUCCUUGCGUGAUCAACAAUGAAUAUAUUUUCUCAUGUGUGGGAUUUGGUAAAGUUCAGAACAGAAAAAAUAUAAUUGAGGUUCCUUGGCUUUGUAUAAUAAAAUGCCAAUCAAGAACAGUUUUGUCCAGUGCCCUAUUGUUUUUGUGUGUGACCUGUGAUCUGACCUGUGACCUGACCUGUGGCCUGUGGUCUGACCUGUGACCUGGCCUGUGGCCUGUGACCUGUAACCUGGCCUGUGGCCUGUGACCUGACCUGUGACCUGUGACCUGCACUUUAGCCCCGCCGAACUGUUCUUGUCUUAGAUAAGACAUUCUCGCAUAAAUGGUACAGUUCGCGUGUUAUUUAAGACGAGCCUUAUGUAAGACGCGUCUUAUUUUUCCUCGUAUAAAUGGCCCUAUUGUCUCUUCAUGUCCAUGAGGGAAAAAAAUCUAAUUGAAUCUGCACAUUGCUACAAGAACCUCUGUGAAAAGUUUUGCGAUUUUAACAUAAUGAGAGUUUUUAGAAUUUUUUUUAGUCGAAAUUUCUUUGCCACACUUGUUCUGCUGGUCAUUAAAUUGACAGGCUAAUAUAUGUUUUGACGUCAUUAGACAAAUUCAGGGCCUUUCAUCACUUUUUGGGGACCGUCGAUCUAUAGAGGAAAAUAAGCAAGUGUGCCAGCAAAAUGAUGAGUGUAUUACAAUGAAAAAAAUAAUUUCAUAUAUAUUUCAACAACAAAGAACGAAAAAACUGUAAAUACUGGUCAUUUCUGGAGACAUCCUUUACCCAUAAACAAUUAAUUAUCGGUGGUUUUAUGAAUUUCUGUCAGUUUACCAUAGUUUCAAGCAAGAAUAAAACAGUGAAAAACUAAACAAGAUUAAUGUUUUUUCUUAUUCCACAUUUGACAAUUGCCAUAUACUUUUGUCAUGUUGUCAUGUAAACCCAUCAUUAUGCUUAUGAAUUCGGUAAUUUUUUUCCAUUUCAAAGCGACAGUCCACUAAAAGUAAUGAAAACCAAUUCAGGAACUCACACUAAAUUUCAUCUAGCUGCAAUGUAUCUUACUGGCAUUUUUUACCUUUUAACACAUAGUUCGUACAAUCUUCAAAAGGUCUUGAACUUUAGUAGUCGUCUUGAAAAGUCCUUGAAUUUGGUUAAAGACCUUGAAAAGUACUUGAUUUCUUUAUUAGGUCUUGAAAAGUCCUUGAAAUUCACUACACUGUCUAUGCCCGUCACAAUUUUCUGUAAAAUUAGAUUUUUUUGCCGAGGAAAAUUUGGCUCAUCCUUGGUUUAAGAACCAUAAAACUCAAAGGUAACGUGAAAAUAUUUUUGUGCACGAGCAAUAUAUUAUUUUUGUUUCUUUAUUCGAAUGCUAUUUCUGUCCUCAGAUGUAAUUGCAAUUGUUGUAUUCAAAUUCAAGCUAAAAAAUUUCAGUAUUGACUCUGGUUUUGACUGCAAAGCUCAUGAAUUUUUUGUUUGUACUGUCAUUAAUACAUGUCUUCCUUGUAAAGCAGGUUUUCUUAAUUGUUUGUUUCAUUCCAGAAUUCACUCAAGUUUUAUACGUCUUAAUAUUUAUUGGAUGUCAUCAUAUUACUAAAUAUAAAUUAGUAGUUAGUUCCAUUUCUAAAUGAAUAAAUUAUUUAUACAGCUAACAUACCAUACCACAACAAAAAAAUUAGACUGCAUGAAAACUUUAAUAGUGUCUGUACAUUUCCAAGGUUAUAGGUACAUGUAUGCAGUGAAAAUAUUUUAAAAAGCUGUUGUUUAGAAACCAGAUUCCCCUCAGACACCCUACGUCCAAAUUCUAUAAAUGAUUCUUUAGCCUAUAAUAUACCACUGCAUAAUUUGCAGUUUUGUGGAACUGAACUGAAGAUGCCAUUUAUUGUGUUGUAGCAACUCCACAAGAUAUUUGCAGAUGACAAAGAAAGUUUUCUUCGAGUCUCAGUGGAAGGCGGGGGCUGCUCAGGCUUUAUGUACACAUUUGACAUCGACACUGAUAUCAGUGAUGAAGACAGGUUUGUC